AAAAAAUGUCAGUUUAUGAUACCUUCAACCAAGACUAUAAGAAGGCUAAUGAGCUCUAUGAUAAGGUCCAAGACCAAUUGAAAGAAAGAGAAAAUAUUAAGGCAUGUGGCAAGAGCACUACCCAGAUCGAUUAUUCGAUCAGCAAGCACCUUGAUACACUCAAAUUUGAAGCUCGGAAUUUGGAUAAGCUAGCUUACUUCUACCUGAAUGAACCUGAUAAAUUCAAUAUUUCCAAGAAAGAAAUAAGGAAGAGACAGAAAAAGGUUGAGCAAUUUGUUGAGCUAAAGGAUGAUCUUGAACAAGAUAUCUGAAAGCUCAUCAAACCAAGCAUUAUACGAAGUGCUCAGAGUAAAGCCCUGAAUGAACCUGAAGCCAACCCCGACUUGGAAGGAGAUUCUAACUCAGAGGUUGAAUUUCUGAGCAAUAGGCAAAUCUUGGAAAAAGCAAGAGAGAUGGUUCAGUACCAAGACAACAAGUUUGAUGUGGUUAGUGGCAUCGGUAGGAAUAUUAAAGAGGAUGCCCUUAAUGCCGGGGAAGAACUGGGAGUUCAAAAUGAUCUAUUAGGAAAUCUUCAUAAAAACCUUGAUGUUGCCAACAAUAGAAUGAGGGUCGUUGAUAAUAAGCUCAAGAAAGUAUUGAAAAAUACAAAUAGCUGCUACUUGUGGAUGGUUAUUGUCUUCGAAAUAAUCCUUCUUCUGGUGGUAAUUAUUGUGUUGUAAUUCCAAUCUUUGA